GCCGAUCGCCUAGGUUAAAGCCGUCCGCCUUUCCUUUCUGAAGGCUUGGUCCUCCUCCUCCUCCUUUGUAUCUAAUCUAUCUCCACUCCACGGGUCCGUCCUCCACUCGUUAGGGUUAGCUUUCCUCUGCAGCGAUGGCGAUCAAGCGGACCAAGGCGGAGAAGAAGAUCGCGUACGAUAAGAAGCUGUGCGCCCUGCUGGAUGAGUACACCAAGGUGCUCGUCGCCCUCGCCGACAAUGUCGGAUCCAAGCAGCUCCAGGACAUCCGCCGGGGCCUCAGGGGCGACUCCAUCGUGCUCAUGGGGAAGAACACGCUCAUCAGGCGAUGCAUCAAGGUCUACGCCGAGAAGACGGGGAACAAUGCCUUCGACCCGCUCAUGGACCUCCUCGUCGGCAACGUCGGCCUCAUCUUCACCAAGGGCGACCUCAAGGAGGUGCGCGAGGAGGUCGCCAAGUACAAGGUUGGGGCUCCUGCUCGUGUUGGGCUUGUAGCUCCUGUUGAUGUCGUUGUUUCCCCUGGCAACACUGGGCUGGAUCCCUCUCAGACCUCUUUCUUCCAGGUGCUUAACAUCCCCACCAAGAUUAACAAGGGUACUGUGGAAAUCAUCACCCCCGUGGAGCUGAUCAAGAAGGGUGACAAGGUGGGCUCAUCCGAGUCUGCCCUGCUCGCCAAGUUGGGUAUCCGCCCCUUCUCAUACGGUCUUCAGAUCGUCAAUGUCUAUGAGGAUGGGUCAGUCUUCAGCCCCGAGGUGCUUGACCUGACUGAGGAGGACCUGGUUGAGAAGUUCUCCGCUGGUGUCUCCAUGGUUGCCUCUCUGUCCCUGGUGGUCUCGUACCCGACCCUUGCUGCUGCGCCUCACAUGUUCAUCAACGGGUACAAGAAUGUGCUUGCUGUUGCUGUGGAGACAGACUACUCGUACCCGCACGCUGACGAGAUCAAGGAGUACCUGAAGGAUCCAAGCAAGUUCGCUGUUGCUGCCCCGGUUGCUGCUGCUGACUCUGGUGCUUCAGCUGCUCCCAAGGAAGAAGAGAAGGCGCCUGAGUCCGACGAGGAGUCGGAUGGGGAAAUGGGCUUCAGCCUUUUUGACGACUAGAGCUGAUCGUAUCAGCAGGCUGUUUUGGCCUUUGCUUAUGAGCAACAAAUAACUAUUUAGCUUGUUAUGUGCUUUUAGUAGACAGAGAAUUGGUAUCGUUCCUUGUGAAUAAUCGACAGUGCUAUCUUGCUAAUGUUGGGAACUUGUGUCGCUAUGUCUCUAUCCUUGGUUUUGAUGUGGCUUUUGCCCUGCAUGCAAAAUCAGCUGCCAAAUUUUCCGGCGGUC